AUGGACGGCUAUGGACUCGGCUCAUCAACGAAUCUUGACGAUUUCGACUCCUUUCACCACUUGAACCCCUUCCACGUCCCGUCCAUCGUCCCCGACGGCCUCGAGCAACCAAUGAGUAGAAACCACCCAGAACUCCGGCCGCGAUAUCCUCAGCAGUCCUCCCUCGAUUCAUCCAAUGACCACAACUCGCAGCUCCUCGCCGGCGAUACCGAAGACGGCAUGCCAGGUGCCUCUGACUUUGUCAGAAAACUCUUUCGCAUGCUCGAAGACCCUGCGUUUGCAAACAUUGUCUGCUGGGGUGCCCAACGCGAUUGCUUCAUCGUAAAGGACAUGACCGAGUUUACAAAAAUUAUCCUCCCCCGCCUCUUCAAGCACUCUAAUUUUGCCAGCUUUGUCAAGAAUACCGACGAAAACGCAUAUGGGGAACAUUGUUGGACGUUUCGUCACCCAAAAUUCCGCGCCGAUCAUCUCGAGGGCCUCGAAGACAUUAAGAGAAAGUCUGCCCCCGCCAGGAGAUCCAGUGGCAGGCAUGCUGCACGCUCAAAGUCUCCAUCGGAUUCUCCGACCAUCAAAGACUCGUCAGAAGUCGCUCUCGUCUCCAAUCUGCAAAACCAGAUUGACCAGCUCUUGCAAACCCAGCACGACCUAAAGUCGCACAUUGUCACCCUGGAAUCAAACUAUCGGGGCGUCUUGGAUGAGAUGGCCUCUUUCCAACGCAGCAUGGCAUCCCAGGAUGCUCUGAUCCAAAACCUCCUCCAACACCUCGUCAAUGUCGAGAAUCCAGCGAGAUCCACCGACCCAUCCAAACCGCUCGGCUCACUGGAUUCUAACUUUAUCUCCGAGGAGGCACAGAGACUCGUGGCUACAUCAAGCUACAACCCAGAAGACGUGGCGCGAGCGUCUCUUCAGCAACUGACCGAACUUUCCCGACGUGCAAACAAAGUCGCGCUACCUCCCACAUUGACUGCUCCCCAGACGAAUCCCCCACCAAAUUCCAUUUCCAAUCAGCCUUCUCUACACACUCUCGACUCAUUACCUCGUCUUCAAACCGACACUGGCAUCUCUACUUCUGCUCCCCCAACGAAUUCCCAAAUGGGUUCACCGCCUCAGUCCAUCCCUGUCGAUUGGUCAAAUCACAAGGGUCUCCAAGUCCUGACUGUCGGUCAUCUUCUUCCCCGGUCCUCCCAAACGUCUACCGCAGACGACACGGAGCUCGAGGAACAAGUCAUGCCUUCGACUUCGUACCCUGGCGCACCUGCAACACCGAGCACACGACUUCGAGUGAGACGCAAAACAUAUGUACCUGGCUGGGCGGUACCCCCAAGAGUGCUCCUUGUCGAGGACGACGCCGUUUCCCGCAAGCUCUCCAGCAAGUUUCUCCAAGUCUUGGGUGUCACUGCCGACGUUGCCGUCGACGGAGACGCUGCUGUAAAGCAAAUGUGUCUGGAACGUUACGACUUGGUCUUGAUGGACAUUGUUAUGCCGCGACUAGACGGUGUCGCAGCAACUAGUCUCAUUCGGCAAUUCGAUCAUCGCACGCCAAUCAUCUCGAUGACCAGCAACUCGUGUCCGCAGGAUAUUCUCAACUAUUACUCACAUGGCAUGAAUGAUAUCCUCCCGAAACCCUUCACAAGGGACGGUCUAUUCAGCAUGCUAGAGAAACACCUCAACCACCUCAAAGCCAUUUCGCAAUUGUCCCAGGUUCCUCGCCCUCUUGAGGAUACGACCGACAGGAUCAAAGAAGUCGACACCACCGCAGGAUACAACAAGGCAGAGGAUGCCAACCGAUCGUCCCAGUACACAUCCCCCUCCAGUGCCCCAUAUUCCUCCAUCAACCCGUUCAUGCCUACAUCUGGCUUCCCGCAAAUCAACCCUAUUGCUGGCCUGGGCGUCACAGACGAUCAGCAGUAUGCCAACAUGCUUGCUACAAUGACUGGAGAUCUUUUUGCCGAACAAGGGCCUCGAUCUCUGGGGAUCAAGCGUCCAGCAUCCACCGAUGGGGAUGAAAUUGGAGAUCAUCCUUCCAAGCGGGGCCGGUUCGAGACAGUAGAGUAG